GUUUGUAGCGAAUGAUGAGGAACUCCGUGCUGAGGAGAUAUGGGAUCCAGGAAUGUAUCUUGCUGGUCACACAGAGAAUCACAAAGUACCCUGUCCUCCUCGAUCGGAUUCUACAAAACACCAAAGGCAAUGAAGAGGACCGCAAGGACCUGACCAACUCCCUGGCCUUGCUGAAGGACCUGAUCUCGGCCGUAGACCAGGACGUUCAUGACUGUGAGAAGAGAUACAGGCUGCAGGACGUGUACAACCGCAUGGACCCCAAGGCAGUCGCUCCCAUGCACAGCGGCAGAACCUUCCGGAGAGAGGACAUGAUCCGAAGGAAACUGGUACACGACGGUUUCCUCCUGUGGAAGACCGCGACAGGAAGGUUCAAAGGUAAGGCGAGGCUAACCGACUGCGGAGACUAGGCCACACGGACGCUU